AUGUUUUAUUACACGGGUCCGGUGGAUAUGAUGGACAUCAGGGAUCAAAUCGGGUUCAUGAUUUUGCUCGGUUUGAUCAUAUUCCUCGUGCUGUUGAUCCGGAAAUUCAUCAAAGUGAAACAGGAGCAAUUCAAGAGGCAGAUGCAAAGGAGAGAAGAAGAAGAAUCUCAUCAAAACGACGAUAUAUUCAACAUAAGCAGCCGGGUGACACAGAACCAGGACCACCCGUGGCCCCCACACGACGCCCACAUUUCCAUCGAUCAUUUUAACAUCAUGGAUCACAUGAACAAACCAAUGUACGACGAUGCACCGCCAUCUUACGACGAAGUGAUGAAGACGCUCGAGCAGGCGCAGAGCGGAGGGGAAGGUUCGACGCCCAUCCAGGUGGUGGUGGAGGCGCCCAAAGCGACGGCGACGCCGGACGUCGCGACGCCGCCACUCUCCUAA